AUGGAAGAAGGUGGUGCCCCAAAGGGAGCCACUACUGCAUCACUUUUGAAAGAAGCCAUUCAUGUCAUUAGCUGUGGUUAUGAGGACAAAACGGAAUGGGGAAAAGAGGUGCGCUGGAUAUAUGGCUCCGUUACAGAGGAUAUUCUAACGGGCUUCAAGAUGCAUUGUCAUGGCUGGCGAUCUGUAUACUGCGUGCCUAAGCGGCCCGCUUUCAAGGGUUCAGCUCCAAUAAACCUAUCAGAUCGCCUGCAUCAGGUUCUCCGUUGGGCUCUUGGAAAGGUUGAGAUCCUUUUGAGCAGGCAUUGUCCGAUAUGGUAUGGGUAUGGCUGUGGCUUAAAAUGGUUAGAGCGGUUUUCUUACAUCAACUCGGUCGUCUAUCCUUUGACUUCCAUUCCCUUGAUCGCAUAUUGUACUCUUCCAGCCGUUUGUCUUCUAACAGGAAAGUUUAUUGUCCCUGAGAUGAGCAACUAUGCUAGUCUCAUUUUCAUGGCACUCUUUAUAUCUAUUGCGGCUACAGGCAUCCUUGAGAUGCGGUGGGGUGGUGUCGGCAUCCACGACUGGUGGAGAAAUGAGCAGUUCUGGGUAAUUGGUGAGGUCUCCUGUCACCUGUUUGCUCUAUUCCAGGGUCUACUAAAAGUUUUGGCUGGAGUCAGCACAAAUUUCACGGUCACGUCCAAAGCCGGAGAUGAUGGAGAAUUCUCUGAGCUAUACCUCUGUUGGUGUUUUUGUGCGGAAGCACUCGAAGAGGAGGGCACCCUUUUGCAAUUGGCGGUGGGAUUCAUCAAUGAGAAGGCUCCUUGA